AAAUAAUUACUAUAAAACAUCAAUUGAUUUCUGAAGACCAGGAUGAGUAGUGUAUUAAAAGUUCAUAGUCUAAAGAAAGAAAUAUUGGAUGGAUUAGGUAGAUAUGAAAAACAAAGUAAUUGUUAUCAAGAGGACAAUGUCUAGGGGAUGCCAGUCCAUUAUAUGAUUGUGUCAGCACAGUAUUAAAAUACAGACCUUUUAGUUAAAUAUUCUUUAAAUAUUAAAUAUUAAAUAUUCAACAAUAUGAGUAGCAUAAUUUCUAUAGAGGAUAUUUUCAGAGAGUAUUUAAAAGAUUCUCAGUUAGAUGAAAUUAAUAGAAUCUUGUGUGGUAAAGAAUUAAAAAAAUUGCAAAUACCCGAUCCAGUCUCAGACUUAAUAAUAGAAAAAGGUUACGACAUUCAAGGAUAUGUUUUUGAAGCGAAGGAAGAACAGUUGAGACCUAAAAGGAUCGUUCGUGUUGGACUUAUCCAGAAUAAGAUUGCAGCAGAAACAUCUGAACCUGUAGCAGCUCAAAGGGAAGCCAUUUAUAAAAAACUUGGAACCUUCAUAGAUUGUGCUGGUCAAUGUGGAGUUAACAUACUAUGUUUACAAGAAGUAUGGCCAAUGCCUUUUGCAUUUUAUACAAGAGAAAAAUCUCCUUGGUGUGAAUUUGCUGAAUCGGCUGAAGAUGGACCAACAACUAAUUUUUUGAAACCACUGUGCAAACGUCACAACAUGGUGAUUGUGUCCCCCAUUCUUGAGAAAGAUGAAAAAGAGGUGAUGUGGAACACAGCUGUAAUAAUUGAUAACCAUGGUAAUGUUUUGGGGAAACAUAGAAAAAACCACAUUUCUAGGGUUGCGGAUUUGGAUGAAUCAAUGUAUUACGUGGAAGGAGAUACAGGGCAUCCAGUUUUUGAAACUGAGUUCGGGAAAAUAGCUGUCAAUGUAUCCUUUGGGCGACAUCACCCUUUGAACUGGAUGAUGUUUGCUAUCAAUGGUGCCGAAAUCGUAUUCAAUCCCUGUGCCACUGUCAAAGAAUCGAGUGAACAUCUUUGGAGGAUUGAAGCUCGCAAUGCUGCUAUUGCAAACCAUUAUUUUACAUGUGCUAUUAACAGAAUUAGGAUUGAAAGAUACCCUCGCGAUUUUACGCCAGGUGAAGGUCUCAAGGCACGUAAUGAAUCUGGACAAUUUUAUGGAUCAAGUUACAUUACUGCCCCUGAUGGAACAAGGACUCCUGGAUUAUCUCGAGUACAAGAUGGGUUGCUGGUCGCAGAACUGGAUCUCAAUUUAAACAGACAAAUUUCUGAUUCUUGGGGAUUCAAGAUGACGGAGCGACUACCUAUGUAUGUGGAAGCUCUCAAAAAAUCUUUACAAAGUGAUUACGAGCCUCAAAUCAUUAAGAGUAGUAUUGUAUAAACUGUGUUAUAAAUAUGAAUACUUAAAAAGUUUCAAUAAUGGAUAAAAUUUAAGCAUGUGUUGAAUAAUAACUAUAAGUCAUAAAUUAUGGUAUAAACUAUGUUAUAAAUAUGAAUAUUUAAAAAGUUUCAAUAAUGGAUAAAAUGUAAGGAUGUGUUGAAUAAUAACUAUAAGUCAUAAAUAAUGGUGUAAACUAUAUUAUAAAUAUGAA